AUGGUCAGUUCCGACCGUUGUCUCGUCAUUCCUAACUUUUUUACCACCGAGAAAGCCGAGGAACUCAAGUAUAGAGCCAAACAGUUACUAAGCGAGUUUUCUCUGGAAGGUCAUCCCAUGACUCAAUUCAGUACAGGAACUCAUUCACAAAAGCAUGUAGGAGACGAUUACUUUUUAACGUCGGGCGAUAAAAUCCGGUUCUUCUUUGAAGAAAAGGCAUUUGACCAAGAUGGGUUAUUAUUGAUCCCUAAAGAACGCGCUAUUAAUAAGAUUGGGCAUGGAUUGCAUAUACAGGAUAAAGUAUUUGCGGAUUUCUCUCUAAAUGACAAAAUGAAGACAAUGACACGUCAACUUGGAUUUGAAAAACCUCUUUUACUACAAUCCAUGCUGAUUUUCAAGCAACCUUAUAUCGGUGGUCUUGUACCCGAUCAUCAAGAUUCUUCUUUUUUGUAUACAGAUCCACUUUCGGCUGUGGGAUUUUGGUUUGCCUUGGAAGAAUGUACAGAGACGAAUGGAUGUCUUUGGUUUAUCCCAGGAUCACAUAAAACCACACCCAUCACGAAACGGUUUAUUAGAGAUCCAGAGGGUUCCGGUACCAAAUUCACUAAUGAUGAGCCUUUAAAGUUUGAUCCAGCUGAAUAUGUAAAGAUACCGGUGGAGGCAGGUACAUUGGUCUUAAUCCAUGGCAACGUGAUUCAUAAAUCCGCACCCAAUUAUUCCAAACAUUCGCGUUACAUUUAUACAUUUCAUGUGAUUGAAGGAAAUGCUCAUUAUCCCGCUGAUAAUUGGUUACAACCCCAAGGUGACACUCCAUUUACAUGUAUUUAA